AUAGAUCGGGGCGUGACAGACAGAAGGGGGGGAUUCGGGUGGACACACAACGGCUAAAAGCUAACGGAGUAAAUCCAGCCCUUUAAACAUUUCCUCCACACACACACACACUGGACACUGAGUGUGAAGAUUUUGUGUGCAGAUCCAUCAGUCCUGAUCAUCAGACCCAGAACCCGUGUGGAGAACCUCAGCCCCACUUCACUUUGGCUUUCAGCAAUUUCUCACUCAGUGGUGCUUUAACCGAUGGCCCAGAAUGUCUACAACUAAUAACAUAGCACAGGCCAGGAAACUGGUGGAGCAGCUGAGGAUCGAGGCAGGGAUCGAGCGUAUCAAGGUGUCUAAGGCGGCCGCUGAUCUGAUGAGUUACUGUGAGCAGCACGCACGCAGCGACGCCCUCCUGGUGGGCGUGCCCACUUCCGAAAACCCCUUUAAAGAUAAAAAACCCUGCAUCCUCCUAUAGCCACUCUCUCUCACUCUCUCUCUCUUUCUCAUCCAUCCAUCAGUCAUUCUCUUUAUCUGUCUGUCCAUCCAUCCUGCUUUACUCCUUUUUGUUUCUUUUUUCCCUUUGCUACACUACCUAAUAUAACGCACAGAGAAGAGGAGAAUAAAACACCCGUCUCUCUCCUCACUGAGAACGAGGGAUGAGUGUGUAUAUGAUGAGCAGGAAAUGGGAAGAAAGGGAUGAAAAGAAGAAGAGGAAAAGAAGUAGAGGAAAAUAGUGACCUGUACAGCUGAACACCCGUCCGGCUGCGUCCCAAUCCUCAUCCUGUUCCCUACAUAGUGCUCUGCUUUUGCCAGUUUGGAGCACUCGUUCACUCCCACAAUGCACUGCAGCAGGGUCAUGUCCUGAUGAUGUUCCGUGCAUGAUGCAGUGAGUAGGGUGUAGAGAACAUGGUGUGGUUUGGGACACAUCCAGGCCUACAGGUUCUCAGUAUGUUCCAUCUUUUCUUUCUUUUUUUCUACUCUUUUUAUUUUCCGAAGAACGUACGUGCGUGAAGUUUUGUACACGCCCUCGCAGACAUCAGUGUUGUGGAACAUCUGAGUAAUAAUCCAGCAUGUGGUGAACCGCAGUGAAUCAGUGAGGGUUCUGCAGGAACAUAUGGAGGUAUCGGUUCUAACCUACCUCACCUUCAGUUCUCUAACUCCAGUAAAAGUCAAUCUGGAACUCUGAUUGUAAAGUCCACGCAGAACCCACAAGCCCCGUGUAUAAACUUUGUUUAGAACGGUGGUGUGUGUGUGCGAGACUCUUUAACGCUAGCUGUGUGUUACGCUUUUCUUUCGCUGUACAGUGUUUGAUAAACAGAGGCGCGGUUCUCCUGUGUUCUCUCUUCCUGUGAUCUUUCUUUCCUGUCCUGUUCCUCCUCACUUCCUCCUCCACACCUUGUGUUCUGGGUUCCACUCAAUACUCAGUGUGUGUGUGUGUGUGUGUGUGUUCCGUCUGAAUGUUUUUAUUCACAAUGAAUUUGACUAGGUUCUAGAAUUCUGGAUGGGGUUCUGUAAUUUCCAGUGUUACAGGUCUAAACUCCACGCUGUCGGUUCUAGAGUUUUUCCAGCAGGGUUCUAAGAUUUUACAGGCCUCGCCACAAAGGACGUAGGCUCUUAUGUGUAAAGGCUCUAGAAUUCGUGAUAUGAAGGUUCCUAGACUCUGAGGUGCACCCGUUCCAGGAACCUCUGCAAGGUUGUAGACUUUUGCAUGGACAUUCUAGACGUCUCCAACGUUCUAGACUGCUCAAAUGAAGAAUUGUUCUAGAAGGUGGAGGUUUUAGACGUAAAGUAAGGAGGUUCCAGAACCUUCCGCGCAAAAGGUAAGGGUUCUGGAAUCCUCAGGACAAAGGUUACAGUACCACGGCAGAGGUACCCGAAUACUCAGGGCUCCGAAGGUUCUAGAAUCGUCAACUGAAAAAGGUUCUAGAAUCCACAAUGCGAAUCUUCUGAUGCCUGUCAGGGUUCUAGAAUCAUCAGUGCAGAAGUUACAAACCCCCAGUGCAGAGGCUCUAAAGUUCACAGUGGUUGUCAGGGUUCUUGAAUCAUGAGCGCAAGAAAAGUUCCGAAUGCCCAGCGCAGAUCUUCCUACUCAGGGCUCUGGAGGUUCCAGAAUCCUCGGAUUGAAAAAUUCAGAACCUCUUCAGGAAGGUUCUGGACUCCUUGGUUCAGUGGACGGGGUUUUAGAAUAUGAAGAUUCUAGAGCACUCAGAAUAAUAAUUUUGGGUUACUACACCUGCUACAUAAUUCUAUAAAAAUGGAAUGUGUGUGUGUGUGUGUGUGUGUAUUCCAGUUUCUAUGGGCUGCGUCCCAAAACACCGCACUACACCGUCAUUAGCAAGUGGUGCUACACGUUUACCAGCCACAGCGAGGGUUUCCAUGACAACUGGUCAGGGGAACAGUGAAGUGGUUUGGGACACAGCCUAUAGGUAAAGGGGUGGGAGUGAGUGUGUAUUCCAGCUUUGUCCCAAUUCCGUUUCUGUCUAGCGCACCCUCGCUUGUGCCACAGGUUUUGUCAGAUUGCAACAAUGCAUCCUGGAUAACUGCUGCUCCUACAGUAACGUUCUGAUCUUUACUCUUGCUGAUGAAGUAACCAACGGGGAGAGUCGAAGGCUGUAUUGGACCAGAGCCAGUGUGCUUGAUUCAUACAUUCAACAGAAGAGCAGCUGAUGGAAACACACAGCAGUUUAUUUACGUGUGUGUUUGUGUGUGAGUGUGUAUGUGUGUCUGUGUGUGAGAGAAAGAGAGAGACCCAACUCCAAUCUAACAAAAUGGCCGUUCAAGAUGACAAGCUCCUGCAUAAGGAAAAAAAACAUUCAAGUGCCAAAUUUCAGUGAUUUAUUAUUUUUUUUCAGGACCAAACAGAAUUUAUGGGACUGUGCAUGUGUGUCUGUGUGUGACUAUACGUGACGAUAUUUGAGGUGUGUGUUUAUAAGGGAAACCUGCUGUGCUCCUCACACAGGCCUGGGAGUGUGCCUAGGUAGGGAGCAUGUGAAGAGUGUUACAUCACUUCCUGUUCGACGUUCCAAUAUUUUUUAUUUUAUUUUUAUUUUGCACACAAGUGACUAUAAGUUUCAACAAAUAACUCUGACUGAUGAGUGUGGUGCAAAAGUAAUGGCGCCCUCAUCACAUACCUUAAUAAAUCUGAGAGCCCAGAAUUCAGGCUCGAGCGUGAUUCAAGUGUACAUCCUUAUUUAUGGACAUUUUGAAGGAAUAUGUGCUCACAAUAAUCACUAGUCUUAAAUAUUUAAAUAUGUGCCAACUCUGUGUGUGUGUAUGAGAGAGAGACAGAGAGCAGCUGAUGUCUGCAAAAAUCCCACUCUGUGGAGAUUCAGUGCCAAGUUUCACUAACAGUUCAUUUUACUGAUGUAUGAUGAUACAUCACACAACAAAGGGUGUGUGUGUGUGUGUGUGUGUGUGUGUGUGUGUGAGCUCCACCUCCAUCUGUCACUCUGUGUUCUCUCCCCUGCGUGCAUCCUUUCUGCCUCGAUUAUGAAGAUAUCUCUAUUUUUUGUAACCGUUUCUCUCGGACGUGCCAUAAAUCAUGUUUUCUUGCACACUGUUAAUAUUUUGUGGAUUUAAAAAAAAAAUUGCUGUUUGAACUCAAGAAGAAAAAAAAAUCUUAAAGACAUAGAAGUAAAUAAAGAUGAAUAAUGUCACUCAGA